AUGAGAUCUUCGACUAAGACCUCGUCAUUAAGUGACAAAGAAGCUUUUGACGAUGAUAAACACCAUCAUGCUACUGCAGAUGUCAGUGAGGUCGAUGAAAACGCCCAGUUCUCAAUCCAGGACGCGAUUGACCCGGAGGAGGCCGCUAGAGUUCGGCGUAAAGUUGACAGACAUAUUCUCCCUCUUAUGUGUGUUGUCUAUUGGGUUACCUACAUGGAUAAGACUACGCUGGGCAGUUCUGCAGUCCUCGGCCUCAAGACAAGCACGCAUCUAAACGCAACACAAUACAAUUGGCUCAGCACGAUUUUCUAUCUCAGUUACCUGGUCUUCCAAUAUCCGCAGAACCUCGCACUUCAACGUUUCCCUGUCGGCAAAUGGUUGAGUGCGAAUAUUUUCAUUUGGGGCGUUAUUUUAUGUCUUCAUGCAGCCUGCAAAAACUUCGGUGGACUCUUUGCUGUUCGCCUCAUCAAAGACUUCAUCCUGAAAAUUGACGUUCAGCUCGGCGCGUGUGAAGCAUGUCUGACCCCCGGGUUUAUGAUUGUCAGUGCUAUGUUCUAUACACGCAGAGAAAUAACUCUCCGUAUUGGCUGUUGGUACUUGAUGAUCGGCAUUGCGGACAUUACGAUUGGCUUUCUCGCCUUCGGAGCGCUGCACAUCAAGACGCUGACCUUUGAGCCUUGGAAAUGGUUGAUGAUCAUGUGCGGAAUAAUAACCAUUGUCAUCGCGGUCUGCUAUUGGCUCUUCUUUCCAGAUUCGCCGGCGACAGCAUGGUUCCUAACUCCGGAAGAACGCGUGAUAGCUGUGAAUCGCAUCAAAGCCAAUCAAGCAGGUAUUGAGAAUAAACACUUCAAGAAAGAGCAGAUGAUCGAGUGCCUCGUCGACCCAAAGACAUGGAUAUUUGCUCUUCACGCUGGAAUUCGUAAUAUUCCCAAUUCCCUGUCAAACCAGAACAGCCUCAUCAUCAAGUCUUUCGGGUUCACCGAAUUGCAGACUACAUUGUUAAGUUGCGUUACUGGAGGAAUUAAGAUUGCUUCGGCUCUGUCGGGAGUGGCUCUCGCGACUUAUUUCAACAGCAUCGCGUACGUCGGGGCCUCGUACUAUAUACCCUCGGUGAUCGGAUCAAUCCUCGUUAGCACGCUUCCCUGGUCGAACAAGGUCGGGCUACUGAUAAGCGAGUACAUUGUUGGCGUAUGUGGGGUGGGAACCCCACUUGGAUAUUCAUGGGUUAUGCAGACUACGGCGGGACACACCAAACGCAUUACCAUGAACGCUGUAAUAUUCAUCAUAGACUCAGUUGGGAAUUCCAUUGGCCCACAGAUGUGGGCAGAUCAAUUUGCGCCUCGUUACCACGUCCCGUGGGCAGUCAUUUCCAUUUGUUACACGACAGCCGCUCUACUUCUCCUACUACAGCGCUAUAUGCUUAAUAAAGAGAACAAGAGACGCGACCGCGAACCUCCGGACGACACGUACGAUGACGUUUGGGUCAAGAUCACGGAUGAGGGUGGUGAAAUUAUCGAGAAGAAAGUUGACAGGGCCUUCCUCGAUCUUACGGACCGUCAGAACCGCGAAUUCCGCUACGUUCUGUGA